UUCAUUCAGUUCUCCUGCCAUAGAGACUCACAUUCACCGAAUCCCAGGACUCUCUCAAAAGUUCAUCUACCUCAAUGAUGAUGUCAUGUUUGGCAAGGAUGUAUGGCCUGAUGACUUCUACAGCCACUCUAAAGGUCAAAAGGUGUAUCUCACCUGGCCUGUACCAAACUGUGCUGAGGGCUGCCCAGGCUCCUGGAUCAAAGACGGCUACUGUGACAAGGCCUGUAACAACUCUGCAUGUGAUUGGGAUGGAGGAGACUGUCAAGGCACUGCAGGCAGCAGUCGUUUUGGAGGAGUGGGCGGUGCUGUGAUUGGAGGUGGGCAGCCUUGGCAGUUCGGCGGUGGUGGUCUCGGAGGAUUGGGGGGCGUGUCCUUCUGUAACCAAGGCUGUGCUAACUCUUGGUUGGCUGAUAAAUUCUGUGACCAGGCGUGCAACGUUCUUGCAUGUGGGUUCGAUGUCGGUGACUGCGGACAAGAUAACUUCGACCAAUUGCACCGUGUCGUCCUUCGGAGGAACCAAACGCUUUACACCCUGCCUCAGGGAGAGCUCCGACCGUGUUUUAGCUUCUCAGGCCUGGCUAACCGCGUGUCCGAGGCACAGGUCGCUGAUAACCCAGCGCUCCGUCACACUUCUGUCGCCAACAAAUGGAAGACCAUCCACCUGCUGCUGCUGCCCAGACACAAUGCCACUCAGAUCCACUACAACAUCACCUUUCAGAGUGCCAAUAACCACGACUUCACCAUGACUUUCACUGUAGCCGUGGAUACCAGAGAGCUCCCCAAAUCAAACGUAUCCGAUCCGGUGCAGGAGAAAGACGAGGAGCCCAAACUGACCGUGGUGACCCCAGAACCGGUAGUCAUGUUUGAAAAGGUUCCCAAAGAAAAACAAGGCCCAAGAGUUAGAGAGAAAGCCCAUGGCGGUGUAGAGAUUGUACAGGUGCCUGCGUUAAAUGAAUCUCUUUUGCCUGAGGAAGUGAAGCUUGAGUUACAGAAGCUGAACGAGAAGCUAAUAUUAGGUGACAUUACUAUUAAAGGCUUUAAUUUGACCAAAGCAGUGCUGCUGGGGCCGUACAAAGACAAAGCUAAGCUUUUACUAAACAAUAAAGACUCUGAAAAACAAGACCAGGACAUACAAGCAAAACACUCGAAUGAAGACCCGAAGCCUCCUGUAAUCAGUCAACAUCAGGAUGAAAGAGCAGUGAGGGUGAAACGAGCAAAUGAAGAUGAGGAAAGAAACAAAAACUCUGAAUUGGAACCAGGUGUUGCUCUGUCUCUUGUCCCAGUUCAGAUUGAUGGUGUUACACCGAAGGCUCAAUCAAGAUUGUUUGGCAUAGAGAAGCCCCUCGCAUCUAAGCUUCUCAGCACCCUGAUGGGGAACAUGUCUAAAGAGAGAGAUUCAGAAAAUGAAGCCCACCUCCGCGGGCGGCCAGUGGGUCGUAAACUCCAGUAUUACACCUCCAGCUUGGACCGGGGUUUCCUUCCAUGGGAGAAGAGGAAGUUCUUUCAGGAUCUGCUGGAGGAAGAGGAGCGUCUACAGAGUGAACUGCAGUAUGCAGCUGACGGGUCGGCCACUGGACGCAGGUUGCGGGACACUUUUGCUGAUUCACUCCGCUAUGUCAACAGACUCUUGAAUGCUCAAUUCGGCUUCACUUCCCGCAAAGUGCCCGCCCACAUGCCUCACAUGAUUGACAGACUCAUCAUGCAGGAACUACAGGACACCUUCCCUCAGGAGUUUGAUAAGACCUCGUCCCACCGUGUGCGUCACUCAGAGGACAUGCAGUUUGCAUUUUCUUAUUUCUACUUCUUGAUGAGUGCGGUGCAGCAGCUCAAUAUAUCUGAAGUGUUUGACGAAAUUGACACGGACCACUCUGGCGUGCUCUCUGAUCGUGAGAUUCGCACGUUGGCCACACGUGUCCAUGAACUCCCCUUAAGCCUUCAGGAUUUGACCAGUCUGGAGCAGAUGCUUAUAAACUGCUCAAAGGCUCUUCCAUCCAACCUCACGCAACUCCAUACUGUCAGCCCCACCCAGGAGGCCUAUUACGACCCCAGCAUGCCGCCCGUAACAAAAGGUUUAGUAAUCCACUGCAAACCCAUCACAGAGAGGAUCCACAAAGCCUUCAAGGACCAGAAUAAAUACAAAUUUGAAAUCAUGGGCGAGGAAGAGAUCGCUUUUAAGAUGAUCCGGACCAAUGUCUCCCAUGUGGUGGGGCAGCUCGAUGACAUCAGGAAGAACCCUAGGAAGUUUAUCUGCCUGAAUGACAAUAUUGACCACAGCCAUAAGGACGCCAACACAGUCAAAGCUGUACUAAGGGACUUCUAUGAGUCAAUGUUCCCGUUGCCCUCUCAGUUUGAGCUGCCCAGGGAAUACAGAAACCGUUUCCUCCACAUGACAGAGCUACAGGAGUGGCGAAUAUACAGGGACAAGCUGAAGUUCUGGACCCACUGUGUGCUGGUGACGUUAGUCGUCUUCACUGUCAUAUCGUUCUUUGCUGAGCAGCUGAUCAUAUUGAAACGGUGGCUUUUCCUCAGACGCAGGGUCAGCAAGGAUGCGACCCCCGAGCGGGUGUGAGGUUAUUCCUCUCUCAGAGGUUGUGUUGUGAGAAUAUAAAGUACCAUAGCUGUACUUCUGUUAAUGCCGUCAGAUAAAAUUGCCCAUUUGGAGGUGACUGGGUGAAGUUGAUGAAGAAACUUCGAAGUGCAGGCCUCCUCCACAAAGGGGCAUUAGUGAGACACACUGCAGCCCUCAAGGCAAGUGACUUUCUCUCAGCCUGCGAUCACACUCCAGGUUGCGUAUUGAAUGUGAACUGAACUCAAUGGCCCAAAUUGAGUGUGUUGCCAUAUUACCUUACAUGUUUAAAUUGUAUUAAUUAGAAUUUUAAUUUAUAAGGGAAUGUCAAGGGUAAGGGUUGUUGUUGUCCUUGCAGUGCCUUUCUUUUCCACAUGAAUGAAAGUAGUGGAUUCUAAUGCGCGGCUGGAACUCUUGGCCUUGCGUUUGGCUUUUUUGCAUUUGUCUUGAUCUGUCACUCUUGCUUAUUCCAAAGUGGCACAAAAUCUCCAGGAGCAUAUUUAAAACCGAAUAGCAAUCCUGAUACUUGUAAAUUUGGGCAAGGAUCAUAAAAAUGAGCCAUUUCCUUCUCUUUCUCUUUUUAACUGCAUGUCAUUUUUGCUUGAAGUCCUUCACGUGAUUGUCUCUUAGUGGGACAUUAAAUACUGACUUUGUCUGAAAUUCAGAUGCCACCGCCUGUGGCCCUGGUGUGUAUUAAUUAACUCCUCACCUUCACUUGUCUUUUAAAGGGAAUCGUUUUUUGGCUUGCUCAAACGUUGCAACUACUGACCCCAAACCUUUGCAUAAUGCUGUUCUGGGAUGAAUUUCCCUGUUUACUUUUAUUUAUUAUGUUAGAAAAGACAUCAUUGUAAUGUACAAGCAUAUCUUUGUUUUAUUUUGGAAAUGUAUGUUGCUAAAAUUCUGUCAAAAUACACUUCUUUUAGGUCUUUAAAUUACACUGACAAUUUACCACUUUUGUGUCAAUUGUAAAUUCAACCAUGUGCCUAAUUUGAUAAUGAAAUAAGAACAUAAU